GUGGUUUGCGACUGCUUACGGUUCAAGAAGAAGAACUGCAAAAAUUUCGACACAGCAUUAUUUGCUGUUUAAUAACAAUUUAAAUGCGUGACUAGCGGCGUACACAGUGCAAAUGGCCACGCUACAGGACACAUUUCGCGCCCACUGGCUGAUAUCGGUGUUUGGCCUGAUUCUAUUCACAGCGGGCGGCAGUGUUCUCUACUGGAAUGAGGGACGAGCGGUGCACACAAUGCUCGCCUUGGAUGAAGCCUACGCCGAUGUCUAUUCGAUGCAGUUCACAGAGGAGGAGCAAGAUCAAAACUUCGAGAAUCGCAUAGUACAUCUGUCCGGCCCUAUCAUAUGCGGUGAACCGCUCACCGAACCCGACUACAACAUACAGCUCAUGGCUGUGAAGUUGAAGCGACGUGUUCAAAUGUAUCAAUGGGUCGAGGAAAAGGUAGAACACAAUUUUGGCGAAAGUGUUGGGGCCGGCAGCAGUCUGGAAUCGGAUUCGACCACCUAUUACUACACUAGAGAGUGGCGCGACAAGAUUGUCGACUCGCGCAACUUUAAUAAUCGCCACGGACACACGAAUCCCACUAGUUUUCCCAUCGAGAGCGCCGUCCAGGUGGCAGAUGCCGUCUACAUUGGCAAAUAUGAGCUGGGCGCCCAGGUCAAGCACAAAUUCAAUAGCUUUAAUGAGCUGACUUCGGACAUUCGUCCGGAUGACAGCAGCAUCAAACUUCAUCUGGGUUUAUAUUAUCAUACAAAUGAUGUGUUUAAUCCCGAGAUUGGAGAUUUGCGCAUAUUGUUCACUUAUGCCGGCAUGGAGGGUGAAAUGUACAGCAUAGUAGGUCGACUGCAGGGCAACAAGGUGGAGCCAUAUCUGACCACUCGCGGUGUUCCUGUUCUGCUCGUUUAUCCGGGUGAAAUUAGCGCACUGGAAGUGUUCCGCUUGGAGUAUCGGGCACAGGUGCUGCACACUUGGUGGUGGCGCUUCAUUGGCUGGGUGCUCAUCUUCUUCGGUGUGACGUGCAACUCAAAGCUGCUGCGAGUAAUUCUGCUUCGUGUUCCUUUGUUGAUUGCCCUGGCGCCGGAUUCACAUUUCCCCGUCACUGGAAACUUCAUCAUUGCCUUCUCACUGGCCUUGACCAUCGCUGCCGUCGCCUGGAUAUUGCAUCGUCCCGUGAUUGGCGCCUGCCUCUUUCUCGCUGGCGCCUCGCCAUACGUUUGGCUGACGCGUAACCUCGUCGAUUACAAUCGCAUCGACUGAGAGUACAGCUGUGAAUCUCAGAUACCAAAGACUCACUGGAGCCACUGCUUUAGCUAUUUACAAUUUGUGACGUCAAUAAAAACUGGAUAACACU